AUGAAUGAGGAAAACGAUUUUAUCGUAACCAUUUCCGUGAUGGUUGAUCACUUCUUCUACUUCAAUUCCAUUUCCAUGGCCAAAAGUCUGUCGAGUAAUAGUGGUUAUAGUGAUGUCGGUAGUACGGAAAAUGUUCAUAGUGAUACCAUGGGAAGUAUCCGUGAUGGUGAUGGAGGUGAUGGUUAGAA